GCACGAUCUAUCGACGUAGCUUUCACAAAACAAUAACAUUGAAAAAUUGUAACCACGUUGCUUGGUUCCAUGGCCAAGAUUUUGCCCACCGAUGGCAACUGGAUACCGGAGUCGUGCAGCUUUCCGGAGGAUGUGAUGAUCGACAUGCUGGAGGAACUGUCCCGCGAUGUGCCAAACCUAAUGCACAAGGAGUACCUAGCGCUGGUCGCCCUGCAAUCUAAAUGGAUGGCGAAGCUCGCCAACCGACAGCCGGUAACGAAUCCCAUACCUCCACCCCCAAAGAAGCCUAAGAAAAUCCCUCCAAAGCAGCAGGAGCAGCCUAGCGAAGAGGAGCGCAGAGAGGUCUACAUCGACGAUGUGGACGACAACGAGAUGGUCAACAAUCGCAUCUAUAUUCCGCGACUGCGUCCCGCUUGGAGAGCUCGCCAUUUCAACAUCCUGAUGCGCGCCUUGAUCAUCAAGCAGGGACUAUUGAAUAAGCACAUUCACUGGCAGAUUCUCGACAAGAUCAUGUCAGCCCCCGACGCAGAGGGUCAAGCCGAGCUUCAGGCGUUUGUUGACAACAUUGGUCGCCUGUAAGAAAAUGUAGUCCUUACAGCCUCUUAAGAUAAGCAACCAAAAACAUUUGUAAAUUCAAAAUAUCAAUUGUAUAAGCAAAAUAACGUUUGUGCAAUCAAAAUAUUGUCUGUAAAAUCAAAAUAUCGUUUGUAAAAAUUCAAAUUAACAAUUGUAGAAUCAAAAUAACAAUUGUAUAGUCAAAACAAUAAUUUUAUAAUCAAAAUAACAAUUGUAUAUUCAAAAAAACAAUUAUAUAAUCAAAAUAACAAUUGUAUAGUCAAAAUAACAAUUGUAUAAUCAAAAUAA